AUGGGUGAUAUCGCGAUCUUGGGCGAACACGAGGACGUUGAGCUCGGCCCUUCAAAUUUUGAGCGAGUCGUUCUCCGAAUCGAUGGUCUCAAGUGCGGAUGCUGCGAAUCAGGGCUUUCGCGGGCGGUUGGCCGCAUUCCUGCCGUUAGGAACUUUCAAGUGAACACUGUCUUAGCUCGGGUCGAGCUCGAGUUGGAUACCAAUCGGCUGUCCGUUGACAGGAUUAUCAAGCUACUAGAAACGAGGACUGGAUACAAAUUCGAGAAGCAGGUGGCAGUUUCUGGUCAGGUUUUAGAGUUCAUCAUUACCGAUCCCAGGCGUUUGCAGCAUGCCGUCCAACCACGCGGCGUCACACGUGUCGAGGUCCCCGAACGAGCACCAUGGCGUCCUUUCGGCUUGUUGAGUGGGCGCAAGGGCGCAACGCAGAAGAAUACAGCCGAUGUCAACGGAGAUUCCGCUGCCGAGGACAGCCCUCGCAAAACAUCGAAGCUACGUAUACCACCGACCAAGAUAUAUUACGACGCGAACGUCAUCGGCGCCCGAGACAUCUACGAACACUACCUCAAAUACGAUCCCGAUCUAACCCUAGCACCUCUAGUGGCAGAUCCAGGGCUUGAUCUUGGAGCCAAGCAGACCAGAAGAGCCUUGAAAUGGUUUCUUCCCACACUGGCUCUCACUGUCCCCGUCCUCAUCUUCGCAUGGGCCCCACUUAACCACGAGAACCCCACUUUCGCCCACAUCUCACUGGCUCUGGCAACCCUCGUACAGCUAAUCGCCUUCUACCAAUUUGUCCCGAGCGCUUUGAGAUCUCUCUAUCAUUCUCACGUAUUAGAGAUGGACUUCUUGGUGACAUUCAGUACCACGAUGGCGUACGUUUUCAGCAUCGUAUCCUACAAGUACCAACUUGAUGGUAGGCCACUAGAAACUGGAUCGUUCUUCGAGACGUCUACGCUGUUGGUCUCGCUUCUCUUGCUGGGCCGCUUCAUCAAUGAAUACGCCCGUUAUCGAGCUGCGAAGUCCGUAUCCUUCAGAUCGCUCCAAGUCGACCAGGCAAUCCUUGUGCAGCAGACAACGACGUCGUGGGCCAACGCAAUCACGAGAAAAAUCGACAGCAGACUACUACAGUACGGUGACUACUUCUGCACACCACCGCACACCAGAAUCGUGACAGACGGCGUAGUCGUAUACGGAGGCUCCGACGUCGACGAAUCAAUGAUGACGGGUGAGUUCAAGCCGAACGCGAAGGGACUCGACUCGGAAGUCUUCGCAGGCACCAACAAUGGAGACGGUCAGCUCAUCGUAAGCCUAACCAAGCUGCCUCACGAGAACUCGGUCCAGCAAAUUGCCGCCCUGGUCGAAGACGCUGAACUGACGAAGCCGCGAGCACAAGCACUCGCUGAUCGGGUCGCUGGUUGGAGCGCGGUACUCACUGCCAUUACCUAUGCCAUCGCCACUCUCAUCGUCUCAUGUCCAUGCGCCAUCGGUCUUGCCGUACCCAUGGUCGUUUUGAUCGCAGGUGGUGUGGCCGCACGCCAUGGCAUCAUCUUUCGGGACCCCCAGAAGCUCGAGAUCGCACGCAACGUCACCGAUGUCAUCUUCGACAAGACCGGUACCAUUACCACAGGAAGACUUGAGAUCAUUGGUCUCCCUAUGCAUCGCAACACGGACCACACACUCAUGAAGGGGCUGUUACUAGGCCUUGUGAAGGACAUCAAGCACCCUGUAUCCAUCGCGAUCACCCAGUAUCUGGAACGAGACAUACUCGCCCACAAGAACUUCGAACCUCUUCAGGUCAACAACAUCACCAGUAUUCCUGGUAAAGGCGUCCAAGGCAAUUGUGCGAAAACUGGGGUGGAGAUUCGCGCAGGUAACGCAGAAUGGCUGCAUAUCAACGUCAUCGGACAAGGAAAGAACACAGCAUGCUACUUCACAUACGGCGGCGACCUUCGCAUGAGCUUCGAACUUCUGGAUCAACCCCGGCCUGAAGCAAUAAUGGUAAUUAAAGAACUCCACGCUCGAGGAAUAAACGUACACAUGCUCAGUGGCGACAACGACGGGGCUGUCAGCGACGUGGCGACAACCCUAUACAUCGACGAAGCGAAUACCAAGGCUCGAUGCACACCCGAAGGAAAGAUGCAGUACAUCCGUGAUCUCCAGGACUCGCGCAGGAAAUCCAUCGUCAUGUUCCUGGGUGACGGAACGAACGACUCUGCAGCGCUCAAACAAGCCGACGUAGGCGUGCACCUCAAUGAUGGUUCCGACGUUGCAAAGUCCGCCGCUGAUGUCGUCCUUAUAACGACUCGACUACAUGACGUUCUCAUCCUACUUGACAUAUCGCAUGCGGCAUACCGACGUAUCUGCUGGAACUUCAGUUGGUCAGCAUUCUACAAUUUCUUCGCCAUCAUCCUUGCUGCCGGCGCAUUCGUCAAGCUCCAGGCCAACGUGAGGAUCACGCCACAGUGGGCGGGCCUGGGUGAGCUCAUCAGUGUCCUACCGGUGGUCCUUAUCGCCUUCCAGAUGCGCUUCCGCAACUAUGGGAAACCGUACGGAGCGAUGGAGAGGACGUAUCAGAAGGUUGAGGCGCCGAAGCGCGAGCAGCGACGAAUGUGCCCUGGAGUGCACAUCACGCUUUUCCAUGGCAUAUCACAGACUGAAGUACAGGGUAUACCUGUAGGGUCGGUGGUGACACAAAGCAAGUGA